AUGGUCCUUAAGCCUUACGGUAUAAAUGAAAUCGAUAGAGAACGAUUCCUGUCAGUGGCUUCUUGUAUUAUUAAAGAUCGUCUUUAUUUUUUAUCUUGCAAAACUCCACCCAAAAGUAAUUCUUCCAUUCAUUUCUUUUCCAUUGAUGAAGAAUUAUGCUAUGAAAAUUUUUAUGCAGAUUUCGGUCCACUGAGUCUUGGUCAACUAUACAAAUACUGUAAUAAACUAAAUAAAAAGUUCAAGUCUGCUAGCUUAAAUGAAAAGAAGAUUGCACACUUUACAUCAUAUGAUUCACGUAAACGAGCCAAUGCUGCAUUUCUCAUUGGAAGUUAUCAGAUUAUCUAUUUGGGACGUACACCAGAAGAAGCGUAUAAACAUUUAACUUUGAAUGAUAAUCGACCAUUUCUACCUUUUCGAGAUGCCUCUUUUGGUGCAUCAACUUACCACUUAACAUUGUUGGAUUGUUUAUUUGCUGUUAGUAAGGCUCUGCUUAAUAAAUUUCUUGACUUUAAUACAUUUGAUUUACAAGAAUAUGAACAUUUUGAGAAAGUAGAAAAUGGUGAUCUUUCUUGGAUAAUACCAAAUAAAUUUCUUGCCUUUUGUGGACCACAUUCACAAACAAAGAUAGAAAAUGGUUAUCCUAUACAUUCACCGGAAGCUUACUUUUCAUAUUUUCGUAAACGUAAUGUAACCACUAUAAUUAGAUUAAAUAAAAAAAAUUACGAUGCAAAACGUUUUACAAAUGCUGGUUUUGCACAUUAUGAUUUAUUCUUCACUGAUGGAAGUUGUCCAUCUGAUCAAAUAAUGGAUAGAUUUUUAGAAAUUUGUGAAAAUGUUUCCGGAGCAAUUGCUGUACAUUGUAAAGCUGGUUUAGGUCGUACUGGUACAUUGAUCGGAUGUUAUUUAAUGAAACAUUAUAAACUUACUUCACGUGAAGUGAUUGGUUGGAUUCGUGUCUGUCGACCUGGUUCAAUUAUUGGACCACAACAACAUUGGUUAGACUUGAAACAAUCAAUCUGUUGGCAAUCUGGUGAAAUUUACAGAGAAAAACAACAUCAAUUAAAAGCAACAACAACAACAACAACACCGAAAUCAACUCAUAUGGUAGGAUUAUCCACGAGUGAUGAUGAAGAUUCCACUGUAAAAGAAUCAUUACAAUUACGAAAUAGCGAUACUGUACAAGAAUGUCCUACUGAUAAAACUUUAGAGAAAAAUAGUUUAUCAGUAUGCAGAUCUUCAGAAUUUGGAUUAAAAGUUAAAAAUGCUAGAAUAUGUAAAUCUGACACUCCUGUAUCAUUGAUUAGGUCCAGCAAUAAUUCACAUGAUCAUGGGAUUGAAAAUCGUAGCACUAUUCCAUCUAUUCUAUCUACUGAAAUGUUAUUUAACCAUUCUACUGAUACAUUUGGUCGUAUUCAAAAUCACCAUGGAAAAUAUGGCAAUAAUAAUAAUAUAAAUAACAAAAUCAAAUCGAAUACACUGAAUACAAGAAAAACAAUAUCAACUACAAGUAGUACUAAUAACAGUAAUAAAAAUAAUUAUCAUCAUGUUGAAUCUCUUGCAAUUAGCACGGACAAUAUUAACACUAAUUAUAGUAGCGAGAAUAGUAAUUAUGUUAGUGAUAGUAGUAGUAUUGGUAUAAGUAGUAGUGAGAGUAGAAGUAGUAGUGCAUCUAUCACGGAAACCUUAAGUAAUUCUCCACGAUAUUGCAAUAUAACUGUGAAAAAUAUCAAUUCCUCACAAUUAUCUAAUGAUAAUUUGAAAAAAGUAUCAACAUUGGAAAAGACUAAUUCUUUAUCAAAAACUAACUCGGAUGUUUCAUCGAAAUGUUUCAAUCGUGAAGUGAUUAUUAAUCCAAAUUUAAUUAAUAAACAAAAAUCCAAAAAAUCAUCUAAAUUACGUUCAAAAUCGCGUAUUAGUCAAGGUGAUCAAUUGAAUAGGAUAAAAGCAAUGCGACGUCCAAUGCAACAACGUUCACUUGAUACACAAAAACACAUCAACACUAAAUUAACAAAUAUUAAUAGUCAUUUAAUUCGUAACUUCAAUGAUGCAUCAAGUAGUCCAACUAAUACCCAUGAGUUGUAUCGUGUUCCAGCUUCAGUUACAUUAUCUAUGACAAGUAUGCAAGAUCAAUUGCCUGAAACUACAAUGAUUUACUCAUCUAAUUUCAGUAGCUUUAAUAAUAUCAAUUCGUCAUACUCUGAUACUAAGAAUAACAAAAGUGACCAUAAAUCUCCUAUAUAUUCAAGUAAUAAGGAUUCUAGAAUGCAACCUGUUACCUUGACAAAAUGUACUCCAUCGACUAUUGAAUCAACAACUGGUCCAUCACGUUUUUCUCGGUAUCCGACUCGUCAGUCGUCAAAUCGUCACAACAAUGGUUCGAUCACAGUUAAAGUACGCAAUAGAAUGGGAGUGAAACGUACUAAACCAACUACUGAUAAUAAUACUAAUAAUAAUAAUAAUAACCACUCAACUAUUAUUGAUCAUAACAUAGAUAAGGAGAAGUCGAUGGUCAAUUCACUUUCAUUAUUCACCAACAGAUCAGUCACAUCACCACGACCUCCACCACCAACAACAACAGUUAUCUCAACUAAUACUUCAGUUCCAAUGACCAUGCAUUAUGCAUCAAUACCAACGAGAAGUACAUCACCAACAAUUAGACAAUCUGGUAAUUUAAGGGAUACAAUAACAUAUGCUAAUUCAGCUGGUACUAGGAACAGUAAUCGUACAAAUUCGAAAAGUACCAAUAUUCAUUACAGUAGUAACUUCAUAAAUAUUCCUGAAUAUGAUAAUGUUUUACAGGAUAAAACAGAUGCAUUAGACAGCACGAAAUACUCUAAAAUGUCUAACAAUAAUCGAAAUUCAAUUGCAUCGGAUUAUACAAAUACUACUAAUAACAAUAGUAAUACUAAUAACCACAGUAAUUCUUCAGUAAACAAGCCAACUUAUAAUCUUAGGCAAAAUGUCCGCCAAGAACAGCAAUCAAAACAUCAGCAACGACAACAAAAGUCGGCCAUUACUAGUGAUCAUCACUCCGAAACAAAUCACAUUUCUUCGUCUAAUCAUCAGUCUGCAAAAUCACCAGGAACGAAAACAAUACGAUUACCUAUGACAACAUUAUACUCUCCAGACCUUUUAUUCACUCGAACUAAUCAGACAACAGCAACUGCAACAAUAAAACCAAUAAAGUCAUCAUCACCAACAGUUACAAGUUCAAUGAAUAAAACUUCUAGAGAACCAUAUUUCACUAGAUCUGUUCGUGCUCAAGCAAUACAUAAUUCCAUCACAGAUUUAUCUGAUCUAUUAAUUGGAUCACAAUUAUCUGAUUAUUCAAAUAAUGAUAACAGUUUUAGUAGUUGUGUAACUUAUGAUCCUUGUCAAAACUGUAAUACAUCGUCAGUUAGUUAUUGCACCAAUUCAUCACCAUCGUCAUUAUUGAAUGAAUUGACAAUGUCAAAUAAUAGUCCAACACGUUCAUCAUUUACUUCACUUCCGACAAAAUUUCAUUAUCGUCAUUCAAAUACAACAACAAAUAAUGAUCAAAAUCAUAUUAAUAUUAUAAAACAUAAACGUAUUCGUAUGCGAUGA